GCAGCCCGAUCGAGAGAGAGGCAAAGGGAUAGAUGAGAGCAUCGCAGCAGCGUGAAGAGGGGGAGUCCGAACACAUCCUCUCAUCUGUCUGCACGAGGUGCAGCACCUUCACGAGCCUCUGACCCAACAUCGGUUGUUAAUUUCCAGUCCUCAACAUGAAGAAAACCGACUUUGCUUUUUGUGUCUAGUGGAUAUAAAUAAACAACUGUAUGCGUUUUGGAACUUAGGUUUGCCAUGAACAUUACCAGACUGAUCAUACGUACUUCUGUUUUAAUUUUUGACGAGUGAUGUUCUAAGCUGAGGUGUGGGAAUGAUGGUGGGAGGAGGAAAACCACCCCACUUUAAGGAUCAAUCCAUGUACAGACCAGUGUGGCGACUCAUAUUAUGGAGUUCUUUUUUAUUUUUUUGAGGGAAUUCUAUGAAGCGAUUCUUUGGACUAAACCCUGUGGACACUGUCGGCUUCACUGCGCUGUGAAAAAGACCGCAACCCUGUAACAUUCAAGUGCUUUUGUGGGUGUUUACCAGUAUUUGUGUAUGCCCAUGGUGGUAUGACACAGCGGAGGUGAGAGGGGAAGACUAUUCCAGACCACCCUUUCUUUACAAUGAGAGUUCCAGCCAGCGUGGCUGCAGUUUCCUGUCUUUGUCCUCUGGUGGUCUUCCUAUGUGUCAUCUCCCAGAGUUGUUAUGGGACCCAGGUCGAUCUGAGCCCUCACGCUAACCCUAACCCCAGCCUAUACCCAAACCCGAGGCACAAAUCACUGCCAGAGCCCAGCCCUGUCCCAAAUUCCAACAAAGAACCUGCGCAUAUGUCAUCGGUCAAGCGCGGUCAGCUCGGCAGUUCCAACCACAACACUUGGAACAAGCCCCAUUCGGAGACAAGAGUUGACUCCAAUCCCUCUCAUACCGACAAUUACAGGUCCAAUGCAAACUUCCCAUCAGCGGUCUCCCAAGCCACAACUAGCUUAAACGCCAGACUUAAGCUACAGCUGCAACCCAAACACGUCUCGAAUUCAAGGCAAGGGCUGGUCUUUAAAACAAAUUCUAAUCUGCCGGCAAGGAAUUCCUCAAACAUCCCAAAGGAAUCGUCAAAAAGCUAUUCGAGAGCCAACCCAAAACAAAGGCUGGGGUCACUCCUGCAGACCAAACCCAAAGCAGUCCCCAAUUCCAAGGCCGGCAACAAGCCUAAGACCAAUUCUGAGUCUCUAUCCAAAACUAAAAUAUCGUCCAUAUCCAGUCCAAAUGUACAGUCCAACUCAUCCGGUAAAGUGAAUCCUAAUCCCUUCUCUGGUUCCAGUGCAGCAUUGGUGUCUGGUUCUAAAUCCCAUUCUAAAGUCAAGUCGUCGUCACUAUCUAAUGCCAGAGCUGACUCCAAGGUCACCAACCCAAAUGUGAAAACACCAAUCAGAUCACAGAGGAACCAGACCAAGUUCCUGGACACAGAUAAGGAUACUAGUCAUCGGCCAAAGAGGGGAUGGAUCUGGAACCAGUUCUUUGUUCUUGAGGAACACAUUGGACCUGAACCACAGUACGUCGGAAAGGUAUGA